UUUCGACACAAUAUUUCUCUCUUUCUUAUCUAUCCUGCGGACUGCUUUUCCUGUGUGUCUUGGCCUCUGAUAUAAUAUGGCGAAGACGGAGCUGCAGGUGUUGCUGGAGAACGUUCCAGAUCCUACCGACUUUCCCUCUGCAGACGUUGCGCCCGGCCUGCGCGAGCUGGACGAGGCACUCGUGUGCGACGUCUGCCGGGAGUUCUAUAGCGGACCCAUGAUAUUGGAAUGCGGGCAUUCGUUCUGCUCUUAUUGCCUCAGACGCGCAUUUUCCGACAGGCAGGAGUGUCCGAAAUGUAGGGCUCCUGCGAAUGAGAUGAGGAUGAAGAAAAACGUCGAGCUUGAGAGCGUCGUGAGUAUAUGGAAGUCGGCUGCGAGAGAGUGCAUCCUGGAUCUGUUGAAGCGCAACCAGGAGCUUCUCAUCAGACUUGAUGAGCCCGCGGCCAGUGGUACGGACGGCGUCGCAGAGGGACCACCGCAGAAACGGCAGAGAGUGGACACUGAGGGCUCGGACGACGAAGUGCAGUUUGUCAGCAGUCCCUUGAAACAGCCCAGUAUCCCGAGUAAGGUCAAGGUCAGGCCACGGAACGGGCAUGGUAGACGGCCUUCCGGUAGUAGUAAUUCCAGCAGUCCCGGAGCUCCCUCUUCUGCUGAUGGAACAAAUGGCCUUGUGAAUUGUCCUCUCUGCCAGAAACAAGUUCCGUUGGAAUGCAUCAAUCCGCACAUUGACAGUGGUUGUCAGCGGUUCAUCGGACCUGGAGCUUCGAGCUCCGCUGCAGCCUCGACACAACCAGGGCCGAAGGGUAAGCAGAAGAGGGAGUGGUCGAAGCUGUUAGACGGGGGAAACAGUGUUGGCCAGGGCAGUGGUGUGGCGCGGAAGGCGAAGGAAAAAGGAAAGGAAAGGGAGCGAGCAGGGUCGAUGACGCCGGAUCCUGAAUACCUCCCAAAGGAACCCUAUGACAUUAUCAAGCUGUCACGGCUGAAGGAGCUACUCCAGGAGCAUGGCCUUUCGACGCAUGACGAACGGAAUGUGCUCGUUAGUAGGCAUAAGCAAUGGGUGAUGUUGUACAACGCGAAUAUCGAUUGCAAGCGUGAGGAGCGCAGGUCGAUCGGGCAGCUCAGACAAGACAUGAAAAGAUGGGAAGAGGAACACAAGCCGUCAAAUAAUAACAUUGUAGACACAAAGCAGUAUGAGAGGCAGCAAGACCCGCAGUUCAAGAAAUUGAUAGCACAGGUCAAGAGUACAGGCCCAGCGAAGCCUGUCGAAAGCUCCCAGCCACAGAAUAUUCAUCAGUCCAACACUGUUAAUGGAGAGCUCCCGGAUGGACAGCAGACUAAGCAGGAACCUGAAGAGCCAGACCUUAUUCAACGUAGUCAGACUGAAGUUAUGUGGUAGAGCCCUCAGAUGCGGCACACUGACGUUUGUUGGAUUGUGGCUGAUCUAAUAUGAAUUUUGCUGGGUGUAUCAUACGUAGUUGGUUAUUAGGUAGUGAUAUUUACCUGCUAGUACUGGCGUAGGGAAUGUCCAGCGUGUCGCAUCCUUACAUUUCUUUCUUAAACUUUUGGAUUUGGUAGCAAAAAAGAAUCACUU